GCGGAUGCUGCUAGCUGCAUGUAGCUCGACACUGAGGAGGACAUAGUGGAUUCUGUUGGGAGGCUGUAUAACAUCGCCAGGCGGCUCUUUGUGAUUCUCACCCGGUUUAAUGUGUUUUUUAGUUGUGUCACCCCUGGGAUGACUCAACAAAGCCUCCACGCCUCUGUGGUUGUUAAUUUACCUGGACUAUGAGCAGGAGGAGAAAAUAAAGCAGCGGCGGCUGGCUUCCUUCAGGAUUUUGCCCAGGCUUUUUGUUUUCCCUUGGACAUGCCUGGUCUACGGAGGAAAGCUGAACGGAGCUAGCUGGCCGACAGUCCGGCUAGCGCUACAUUUUCAGGCUUUUGGAUGAUUGUGUAGCUGAAGAGCUGAUUUAUUUUGGAUCAGCGUUGCCUGCUCCCUCCCUGUGCAAGGAGUCAGCAUGGGGGAGCCCAGCUUGGACGACGCCAAUGUCAAAGUGGCUGUUCGUGUACGGCCCAUGAACAGGAGAGAAAAGGAAUUAAACACUAAAUGUGUUGUGGAGAUGGUGAAGAACCAGACCAUCCUCCAUCCUGCUGGAACUAACCUGGGAAAAGCAGACACCAGGAGUCAGUCCAAGGUCUUUGCCUAUGACUACUGUUUUUGGUCCAUGGACGAGACAGACAAGGAGAAAUUUGCAGGUCAGGAGGUUGUCUUCCAGUGCCUUGGGGAAAGUCUUCUUCACAACGCCUUCCUGGGCUACAAUGCCUGUAUUUUUGCCUAUGGACAAACUGGUUCAGGAAAAUCGUACACCAUGAUGGGUUCAGUGGACCAGCCAGGUCUGAUUCCUCGCCUGUGCAGUGCUUUGUUCGAACGAACACAGAAAGAAGGGCGAGAGGAAGAGAGCUUCACUGUUGAGGUGUCCUACAUGGAGAUCUACAAUGAGAAAGUCCGAGAUCUACUUGACCCCAAAGGUGGGAGACAAACUCUGAGGGUGAGGGAACAUAAAGUUUUGGGUCCCUAUGUGGAUGGCCUGUCUCGACUAGCUGUGGCCAGCUACAAGGACAUUGAGUCGCUGAUGUCAGAGGGAAAUAAGUCUCGGACUGUUGCUGCUACCAACAUGAAUGAGGAAAGCAGUCGAUCGCAUGCUGUCUUCAACAUCAUCCUAACCCACACACUCAAAGACCUGCAGUCUGGGACGAGUGGAGAAAAGGUGAGUCGGUUGAGUCUGGUGGACUUGGCUGGAAGUGAGCGAGCAGCAAAGACCGGAGCAGCAGGAGAACGGCUCAAGGAAGGCAGCAAUAUCAACAAGUCUCUAACUACCUUGGGGCUGGUGAUUUCAGCACUUGCUGAACAGGGAACAGCAAAGAACAAAAACAAGUUUGUCCCCUACAGAGACUCUGUUCUGACAUGGCUGCUGAAGGACUGUCUUGGUGGCAACAGUCGCACAGCUAUGGUUGCAACCGUAAGUCCAGCUGCAGACAACUACGAGGAGACGUUAUCGACGCUUCGUUAUGCAGACCGAGCAAAGAACAUCGUUAACCACGCUGUUGUUAAUGAAGACCCCAAUGCCCGCAUCAUCAGAGAGCUCAGGGAGGAGGUGGAAAAACUGCGAGUACAACUGACUCAGGCAGAGUCUUUAAAAGCUCCAGAGCUGAAAGACCGCCUGGAAGAGUCUGAAAAGUUGAUUCAAGAGAUGACCAUCACCUGGGAGGAGAAGCUUCGCAAAACAGAGGAGAUUGCACAAGAGCGUCAGAAGCAGUUAGAGAGUUUGGGCAUUUCUCUUCAGUCUUCAGGGAUUAAAGUUGGAGAUGAUAAGAGUUUUCUUGUCAACCUUAAUGCUGAUCCUGCUCUCAAUGAACUUCUGGUGUACUACCUGAAGGAACACACAAAGGUGGGCUCAGCAGAUUCUCAGGACAUCCAGUUGUGUGGGAUGGGUAUCCAGGCAGAGCACUGUGUCAUCGACAUAACCUCUGAAGCUGCAGUCAUCCUCUCCCCGUACCGCAACGCUCGGACCUGUGUAAAUGGGUCUCCAGUUACCAGUGCCCUGCAGCUUCACCAUGGUGACCGAAUCCUAUGGGGAAACAACCACUUCUUUAGGAUCAACCUGCCCAAAAAGCGUAACCGAGGAACUGAGGAUGAGGAUGGUGAGGGUGGUGUAAUGAAGAACAGCGGCAGCAGCGAGCAGCUGGAUGCAGAUGGUGAUACAGCCAGUGAAGUGUCCAGUGAAGUCAGCUUCUCCUAUGAGUUUGCCCAAACAGAGGUCAUGAUGAAGGCCCUUGGUAAUAAUGAUCCAAUGCAAGCAGUUCUCCAGUCUCUGGAGAGACAGCAUGAAGAGGAGAAGCGCUCUGCUCUGGAGCGACAAAGACAAAUGUACGAACAGGAACUGCAGCAGCUCCGAAAGAAGCUGAACCCAGAUCGUCUUUCCACCGGUAACUCUGGAGGGCAGACGGCUGGCCAGCAAGCUCCAGGGCAGCAGUCUCACUACCGCAGUCUGGAGAGACUCAGUAUGGGAGGAAUGAGCCAUUCAACCAGUGCCCAGAGUAGACUCAGGCAGUGGAGCGAGGACAGGGAGGCUGUGCUGGUGCGAAGUCUUAGAAGGCUGAGAGAGCAGAUAGUGAGAGCAAACCUUCUGGUGCAAGAAGCCUGUUUCAUAGCUGAAGAGCUGGAGCGACACACAGAGUACAGGGUCACUCUUCAGAUCCCAUCGGACAACCUCAAUGCAAACCGCAAGAGGGAUGCAGUUCUCAGUGAGCCAGCAAUUCAGGUUCGACGUAGGUGUAGAGGUAAGCAAAUCUGGAGUCUGGAGAAGAUGGAGAACCGUCUAGUUGACAUGAGAGAGCUGUACCAGGAGUGGCAGGACUACAACCAACAUAACCAAGACAAUCCUAUGAUGCGUUCAUAUUUCCGACGGGCUGACCCGUUCUUUGAUGAGCAGGAAAACCACAGUCUGAUUGGUGUUGCCAAUGUCUUCCUCUCCUGUCUCUUCUACGAUGUCAAGCUGCAGUAUGCUGUUCCUAUUAUCAACCAGAAGGGGGAGGUUGCUGGCCGUUUACAUGUGGAGGUGGUGCGGGUUGGAGGGGCAUUAGAGGACAACAUGGCCGGAGGAGAUGAAACUGACAACAACCAAGACUCUGAAAUCCAAGAUCGCAAAUUGGUCUGCAUGAUUAAGAUCCUACAGGCCACAGGUCUUCCCCAGUAUCUGUCCAACUUCGUCUUCUGUCAGUAUGCCUUCUGGGAUCAGCCUGAGCCCAUCAUUGUGGCUCCUGAAGUCGACCCAUCAUCCUCAUCACCCAGCUCCAAGGACCCACACUGCAUGGUGGUGUUUGACAGCUGCAAGGAGCUAGCAGUGUCCGUAUCAGAGGAUUUCAUUGAAUACUUGACUGAAGGAGCAGUUGCAAUCGAAGUGUAUGGGCACCGACAGGCUGAUGCAGGAAGAAACCCUGCUCUGUGGGACCUGAGCAUCAUCCAGGCCAAGACCCGCACACUACGAGACAGGUGGAGUGAGGUAACACGACGUCUGGAGCUUUGGAUUCAAAUUCUAGAAAUAAACGAGAAUGGAGACUUUGUCCCUGUGGAAGUUGUUCCUGCAAGAGAUGUGAGGACUGGAGGAAUCUUCCAACUUCGACAGGGUCAGUCAAGGCGGAUCCAGGUAGAUGUGCGGUCAGUUCAGGACUCAGGCACCAUGCCUCUGAUUGCAGAGAUAGUGCUAGCCGUGUCAGUGGGUUGUGUGGAGAUCAGAAACAUGACAGCAAACAACGAAGGAGAUGAGAUGGACAGCUAUCAGGAGAGAGACCUUGAACGCUUACGGCGGCAGUGGUUAGCUGCCCUCACCAAGAGACAGGAAUACCUGGACCAACACCUGCAGAGCCUGGUCAGCAAAGCAGAAAAGACAGAAGAUGAUGUGGAGAGAGAGGCUCAGCUGCUGGAGUGGCGCUUGACUCUUACAGAGGAAAGAAAUGCUGUUAUGGUGCCCUCUGCUGGCAGCGGUAUUCCUGGAGCCCCUGCUGAAUGGGUCCCUCUGCCAGGCAUGGAGACUCACAUUCCUGUCCUUUUCCUGAACCUCAAACCUGACGACCUCAGCUCUCAGGAUCAGUUUGAGGUUCCUGAGGCUGGUGGCUGGGAUGCCACCCUUAGUGGAGAGGAUGAAGAUGACUUUUUUGACCUACAGAUCGUCAAACAUCAUGAUGGAGAGGUGAAAGCAGAGGCAUCAUGGGACUCCACAGUACAUGAGUGCCCUCAGCUCAGUCGUGGGGGUGCGUGGCCAGAGCAGCGGGUGUACCUGACUGUUCGAGUGGUGGUUCAGCUCAGCCAUCCUGCAGACAUGCAGCUGGUCCUGAGAAAGAGGAUCUGUGUGAAUGUUAACCCAGGCCGUCAGGGUUUUGCACACAACUUUCUCAGGAGGAUGUCCACUCGCAGCACCAUCCCUGGCUGCGGGGUCACCUUCGAGGUGGUCUCCAACAUCCCUGGGGAUGCCCCUGGAUCGGAGGACAGGGAGAUGCUGGCUCGACUCGCUGCCAGUGCUCACAAUAGUCAGUCUGGUGAUGACGAGGCUGCUAUUGAGAAAUACCUGCGCAGUGUCCUCAGUCUGGAGAACAUCCUGACCCUGGAUAGACUCAGACAGGAAGUGGCAGUAAAGGAGCAACUGACAAGCAGAGGGAGAGGCAACAGACGAAGCAUAAGUUCUCCUUCAGUCCACAGGCUGUCUGGGAGUAGACAAGACCUAUCCACAACCUGCCUGCUGGAUGACAAGGGUCGAUGGGAGAGUCAACAGGAUAUCUUCAUGCCCUCUCAGUUUCAUCGCACACUUCCCCGGCCUGCCUCUUCCCCAUCCACCUACUCUACUUCCCCCUCUCAAUCCCCAACUCCCUUUGGCAUGACGCCUCCACAGAACCAGGAACCAGAACAAGGUCGUUCAGGACUUGCUGCCUCUUAUCUUUCAGUUAAAGCGCUGGUCCCUCAGAUGCCGAAACUGCUCAAGUCUCUGUUUCCAGCACGAGAUGACAAAAAGGAGCUGAGACCUUCCCCGCACAACCAGCAGCAGCAUGUCCCUCGUAUUAUGACGUCUGGAGGGGAGGACAACAGGGUCAAGACUGACACGACCACUCUUCUACGGCCUCCGACCAAAGACAGACGGUCAGAGUUCCCAGAAGUCCCUCCUCUUCCCAUGCAUGACCCGCAUGACAUCACCCCCCUCAGCCCCCUCAGCCAGUCGUCGAGUGGCUACUUCUCCAGUAGCGUUUCUACGGUCACCUUGUCUGACGUCCUGCAACCCUCAUCCUCCUCUUCCUCCCUCCUCGCUGCUGAGACUACAUUACCCACAAACCCCCAGCAGCAGGGUGCUGACAGGAACGAUGUUGUGACCUCUUCUUCUCAGUUUGGUGCCAAGACGGCAGUAAUCGCUCCACCUCCCUCCAACAACUCUGCCAGUCACAACAACAUCACUGCAGAACACAACUCCUCUGAACACAAGCUGAUCAAUUCAGGAGGAGGAGGAGGAGGAGGAGGAGGGGGAGGAGGAGGAGGUGGUGAAGGCUUUGAGAGGCUUGAGAUCUUGGUGGACGAUGAAGAGCAGAGCCAAGACAGCACACUACCUGAUUGGCUAACAGAUGGAGCUUACGUUACAGUAGGAAGCAAUAAGGCUGGGACAGUGCGCUAUGUGGGAUCAACGCAGUUUGCUGAAGGAGUAUGGGUGGGGGUGGAGCUGGACACCCCUGUAGGGGUUGCAUCCUUGAACUUGGAACUUGGAAACACGCCGACAGCUCCACACCAAGGUAAAAACGAUGGUUCAGUUGGAGGCCACAGAUAUUUCCACUGUAAACCUGGUUAUGGAGUGCUGGUUCGCCCAGACCGUCUGACCUGCCGGGAUCGGAGCAGCCGACGCAUGGGAGACUUCUCCGCCCCCGCUCAUGUCCCUGUCAUACGAGGAGAAGCCCUUGCUGCCCGCCGGGGGGAGAACCGCAAGUCCUGGAGCAGUUGAGACUGGACUAGCAGAAGCUGGAAGGGAGAGAUGAACUCCCCACAGUCUUCAUUUUUCUCUUCUCUUCCCAGCUAUGCAACAGGCUCACACAACAGAACUGAAAAACUGCCCUGCCUGCCCUUCUUUAGUUUAAACUACACUCAACACAUCCAUCCACAGACAAUGGAUACAAAAAAGACAGUGAGGAGACCAGUCAGACAGAAUGCAAGUAAGUCAAUGAAGACUAUGCACAGUUUAUUCAAGUCCAUAGAAGGACUCUUUAUCAUGUGGGAAAAUUAUGCUAAAUGGAUGGCAGUCAGUGGGAACACUGCUGAGAAGUCAGUGGAUGAUGAGUCGGAGCUCUGAGAGGGUUUGGAUCAGACACUGAGAACAAGAUGAGGUGCAUUCUGGGUGAUAUGCAGGGAUGCAAAUUGUUCACAUUUGACAAUGUUUUUUUUGUUGUUGUUGCUUUUUCUGUAAGUUUUAGUAUUCACACUGAUCAUUUAAAAUUUUAGAAUGAAAGGCCUCGAUAACUCUGUGCUGUAAGCUGGCCUAUAAAUUUAUUUGCUACCUUUGUGCUAGUAGCUACGAGAAAAGAUGAAGUGAUACUUUUUUUUUACCAGAUUUCUAAUGGCAUUCUUGUAAAAGAAAACAUUAAAUGGUGUGGCAUUUUCUUUGUUACUUUUCUAUUCUUCAGUCAAGUAUCACUACCUGUAUGUGCUCCAUGUUCUUUAUCAAAUAAUAAAGAUAAAAUACGAUUUUUUUAAUAAAACUUGUUAAGAAUUUUGGACGAGGCAACUCAAAGCAUGCCUGUUAUACAGCAACUCUUACAUGUGACAUCUUUGCAUCCCUGGAUAUAAAUCACACCCUAAACACCCAUGAUCUCGGAGACUCUGAAUCCCAGAAUGCCCUGCUCUGUUCAGGACUCUCCUGAGCUCUAUCUGUCUCAUCUACAGUCUGACAGCCGUCUCCUCCUCCUGGACUUCUUCUCUUUUUUUCUUAAAGAUAAAUCCUCCCAGAAUGUGCCUUCACCAUGGCUUGGUUUGCAUUUGUGUUUUGGUGUAUUUAAUUUCUGUGAGUUGUGUUUGUGUUGAAGAGAAUGCCUUGAGCAAAGUGUGAGGUGAUCUCAGGGACUGCAGAGGGGGAGGGACGAGGGACGUGUGAGUGGGUGUGACUAUUUGUGCGUGUUUUGUAAAUGUUGUACAGUGUUGCCCUUUGUGCACAGAGAAGUUCAUAUUGUUGUAGUCGUGUAGAUGUUAAAGAUUAUAAAUGUGUACAGCAGGAAAAGAUUCGUUCUUGUUGGACAAAGCCACUUUGGAAACACGUAUUAACUGGGAGGCUUUAAACGUUGAUUUUGCACUGGGGACUCUGGAUGAGAAACUGUACGUGAGCAGAACGUGUUUGUGUUAGUGGAGCAGAGAGACAGAAAGGCAUAGAGACAAAUUAGCGAUGUGAUAUUGAAGUAGAUUAUAAUCUCUGUCUGAGUGGACCGAUCUAUGAUGUCUGUGUGACGGACCUGUGGACACCAGGAGAGGCUUUUAGAGUAGGACUGUGUUUUGUUGGUGGGCUUGUAUGUGCAUGUGGGGAGGAAAAGAAAGUGAGAAGGACACGCACAAGUUAGACAGGUUAUUUAGUGCUCGGGGUGAGAAUUGAUUUGCUUCUAUGCAUUGAUCUGUUUUGAAUGAUUGUGGUCUUUAUCAUUAUUUUUCAAUAAUGCAAAGCAGAUGAGAAGAUUUUUGUGAAAGUAUUGACCCCAAACACAGUCUGACUUAUAUGUCUGCUCAAGAUAGAACCACAUUGUGGCAGACUGUUGGAUUUUAUUAAAAAGGUUUUAUUGAAUUCUACAUUCCAGAGGGACUGUAACACUUCACACAGACCUUCUUCUUUUCAAGCAGUUUAACAGAAAACAACCACAGCACUGCUUCAGUCCUAAUGUUUACCAUAAAUCCCUCAAACACUUUUCUGUACGUUUUAGGCUUACUUCGCAAAUUUUACACGGUGGUUUAAGUUCAGCCAGCAGAGGAGCUGGGGAUGUUUGAUACAUUUGGAAAACAUCACAUUCAAACAGUCUCACAAAACCAGUAUAGAGUUGCUUUAUGGGAAAUGAAGGCUCUAGUGUUUCAAGGAGCCUGACCCCGAUAAUGCAAACGAAAAGUGAAAUAUCUGCUGCAUCUUCAGUUUUGAUUGUCAGGGGAAACAAUGUGCUUUCCAAGUUUCCCAUCUCUGUAAAUUAAAAAAAAAUCACAGUCAUGGCCCUUUAUUAAAUUAGAUGAAGGUCAUUGUAAAGUGUUUGUUUUGUCUUGAGUUGCAGCAAUGCCGUCUCACCAUGUGAGCUUUAGGUGUGGGCUGAUCAAGGAUGAAUGAAUGAUUUUUACUUUUAUACUAUGCCUCAUUUGAAACAGCUUAGCUGGAUUCAUAUCCGAAUGAAUCCAAAUCAUUGACUUAAAGGAGACGAUGCUAUCCUCCUCCUGUUGUACAAAAGUGAAGCCAAAACCCCCUUGUAAUGGACAUAUUGCUCAGCUAUAGCUAGAGUCUGUGCAGUGGUGUUCAGCUGGAAGAGCUGUGGUUAUCGAUGUCAUGCAUCUUCUGCUUACUAAAACAAAACAUUUAAUGAGCCAGUUAUAAUGUCAAAGAUUUCUCCGGUCUGCACAGACAACUCACAAUAAUGUUAAGGUCACUGAUUCCUGUUUGUAACAUUUGCUCAUACUGUUCCUCCUCUCCUGCUAAUCCAGUAAGAGCCACAAUUUUCAACAGAGAUGUCAAUCAUGGCAUUUACACCCUUUUUAAGACAUACUCUGACUGUGAAAAUCCCAGCUAAUACAAAUGUUUAGAAUAACAGUACGGCUUAUUAACAAUACUAUACAGAUGGGUUUUUGUUAGUUUUUUUAAUUUCUUCUAGAAGUGCAAGACUCCCUCAUGUUUGAUCAUGAAAAUAGAUCAGCUUAUUCAAUGGGUGAUCUUGUCUGCCCUGUAACCAAAAAUGUCUUCUUUAGGUCAGGUAUACUAAAUGUUUAGGGAUGCACGAUAUUAGAUUUUUGCGAGUAUCCAACAUGUAUUUUAGCUGAUACACAUACAGAUGCAGUCAUAGUUUUCAUUAUUAAGACCCCCAGUGUCUCCUGUGCAAAGAGUGGUUGAGUCGAGCAGAGAUGAGAGAGGAGUGGGGAAGUAAGACUGCACUAACUCAAACUGCGCAUUUGAGUUAAACUCAAACACAGUCACCUAUACCUGAUGGUACAUUUGUAUAUUUGAUUUUGAAGGCCUAUGUAUGAUUAAAACUGACAGCAUGUAUGCCUGAUAUGUGGCUGCAAAUAUUGGCAGAAAUAUUCAUAUCUGCUGGUACUGGUAUCAUGCAAACAAUAUGGUGCUUGCCUACAAAUGCCAGCAUUAAAUUGUACACAACACAUAAAACUUGAGCUACUGACAACAGGUCAUGAAACAUUAGCUGCUGAUGUUAAACCAAUAUGUCGGAGUGUCCCUAUUUUUUAUAUUAUCCCUUAAAUCCUUGGUUCCCAUCUUGGGGUCCAGGACCCCCUUAGCAGGGUGUAGACUGGACUGUAUGCUCUAAGGUUGUUAAAAUUAGAUUAUAAGUAAAUCAUGAUAUAUCACUUAUAAAUAAUUCAUGUUUCAUGUUUUUAGGGCUAUUUUGUUUGGAUUUAAACAAUGAAAUAAGUAAAAUUUAAAAUGUUAAUUUUGACCACAAUGUAUCACUCAUGUCAGUCCUGUGAGAGGUUCAGAUUUUCUUAGACACAAGUGGGGGGCUCAAAGGAAAAAAGGUUGGGAACCACUGCUAUAACUGAUUAUAAACAAACUUCUCAGAAAAAAGAGGACUUGAGCACUUUUUUAAUAUCAGUGCAAUAAUAUUUGACUUCCAUGACAAAAAGAAAGAUUAAAAAAAUAUUUUUGACCUGAAUUCUGAUAUUAAAAUUUGAACUGUGUCCCAUCUGUUAACAUGGAGGAGACAGAGUUUAUGACCCAUACUGCAGCUAGCCAGUGGGGGAGCUCUGAUUCUUUUGGCUUCACUUUGAGGGAGUAGACGCGUCAUUCAUUCUUUCAUUCCACAUGUUCUUAUAUCCAAGUUGGCGGGUCAUUAUUGUCUGUAAGCUGUUUCUGUGGCUGCUGUUGAUUUAUCCAUGUAGGAAUCUAUCCAGUUUUGUGAUUGGAUGAUGGGACGAUUCAUAUGUAUGAAUAAUUAUCUGGAGAACUGUGUGCAUGUUAACUCACUCAGUACGUCCAAACACUAUCAUCUUAAUGUAUCAAUAGGUUUUUUCUAUUCUUUUUAUCAUGUGUCUUCUGAAUUGUAGAGGCGUGAAUUUAGUAUUUAUAUUUAAAUGCUCGUACACAUGCAUUUAUCGCAUGAAAACUGAUAAAGCCUUUUAAUUUUGAUAAAUAUUGCACAAGUGAUUUGAUGAAAAUUGCUGCUAUUAGCAUUGUAAAUUAUCCUGUAAAGUAACGUAACUGAUUUAUCGUACACUCUCUUUCUCUGACUUUAUGCUAGAUUGGAAUUUAAUAGUUGUUUUUUAAAUCUCAGAUUGAACUGAAAUGAGCGCUUUGGUUGAGUGGCCAAUAUAUUUUUAACAAGAAGCAGUACAAUUCCUUAAAAUGAGGCACUUUGUUGUGUGAGCCUUUGAGAAGAUGUAGAAGAAAAAACAGAAUUAUUUUCUGGGUGAAGAAUCCCUCCUGCGUUGAAGAAACUGAUGUUGGAGUUGGACAGUAUAUCGAAAUAGUCUAGUUAUUAUCUUUGUAUUUAUUAUCUGGCCUUAUAGCCUGAGCCCUGGAGUCCUCUGAUUGGUCGGUUGGUUCUUGUAGGUGGCUGUCUGGGAUGUGAUUGGAUGGCAGGUUGUGAAGUGACUUGUAGGUUGACUUGGUUGUACAGUAUUGUGGUUCAUAACAGUUAGGUGGUGAUGAAGGAAAGGAGUUCAGUUUUCUCUUGUGUGUUUGUGUUUAGUGUGCGUAUGCGUGUACGUUUGGGUGGAUUCUGAGUCAGUUGUGUCCGUGAGUUCCUGCUAAGAUGGGAAAUAAAGGCCAGCUGCCAAUUCACUUAUGUUCUAAACAGAGAGAAACAAACCUCUGUGGCAUAUUAAAACUUAAAGGGUCUACGGCUGCUGUACUUUCCCAUCCUUGUCGGUGCUCUGGGCACACUUUAAGGGGUUUGAGAUCACUUCAGGCUUCUGGAUGUCCCUUUAUUUUUGUUAUUGUGCCUCACAAACCAUGUGACCAUGUAUCCUGCACACAUACACAAUGUUUUCAUAUCAAUGCUUCAGUUCAUUUGCACAAAAGUCUCCAGAAGAAAUCAAAGAGGUUAUUUCUGGAAUGCUUGUAUAAUUAGAACGAUAAUAGAACCACAUUUUUUAUACAUUUGAGAGUUUUCUGCUGUUCUUUAACCUCUACUGUAAUUUCCUUUAAUUUUCUGCUGUUAUUUAGAGUUUCUUGAAGCAAUAUUCCUCAGCUAUGUGUUCUUUAACUUACUGCUUGAUUAUCUUCCAGGUAAAAAGAUGAAAAUUAUUAAAUUAAAUAGCUGUUAUUCUUUAUUAUUUCAGAGUUAAACUCAAACACAGUACAAAUAAGUGACUGUAUUUUCUUCCAGCACACAAUCUCAUCAAAUACAUUUCAUUCUCUCCACAUUUCAUUCAUAGAUUUGGUGUGACGCAGACAUUAUAUUCAAAAGAAAUUGCAGCUCCUUGGCUGCAUUAUGCACAUGAUCCUCAGAGCCAUUUCAAUAAGGAAACAUUAAAAUAUAUAUAUAUAAACAAUAAUAACUGUUGUGCUGAUAAUGGUUUAAGUGUUGUAACUUCAUUUCAUCAAAGCCAGCAGUGUUAUUUCUGUGACUGUAACAACCAAUGACUGUUUAUUAACUUGGAGAGGGCUCUAUGUUUGAAACACACACUCACGGUUUUGGAGAGUUUCACCAACUGUGUUGUAAAAUGUUUACUUCUCUAAAGAUUUUGAGAAAAUGAAUUUUUGAUUUUCAUUUGCUGUGAGCUGUAGACAUCAACAUUAACACAAAAAAAAGUCUUGAAAUAUUUCACUUUGUAUGAGAUGCAUCCAGAAUAUCUUGAAAGUUAACUUUUGAAUUGAAUUAUGGGGAAAAAACAGACUUUUUCAUAAUAUUCUUAUUUAUUGAGAUGCACGAGUAUUUCUUGAUUAAAAAGUUGAUUGCAUCAUGUAUGCAUGUCACAAAUAUACCAGUAUGAAAUGCUGAGACGUCGACCGUUAUUAAGUCCAAAGUGCAGCAACCAUCUCAUACCUUGCAGUAGACCUGAUGCUGGUAAAAAUUUGCCCACAUUCAUAUGGAGUACUGCAAACCAGACUGGUGGAGCCACUUUUAACAGUUUUUCAUUGUCAUUAGAUCAUAAUCCUGCAUUAUAAAAAAGGUGGUGUAAUGCUGGGUACAUUAGGCUUUCAGAGUGCUGAUUUCUUUGAAAAGAGCCCUCAGUUAAAAGGCAUGAAACAGCCAGUGAAAGUGGGCUGCAUCCCUCCUGGGCUGUAGCCAACAGGACUGUGAAGUCCACAUGGUAAAAGACCUUAAAUUCCAGAUUUUUGGUAAAUAAGACUACUCAAGGAGAUGAACUUUAGACACCAAUUAUGAUGAUAACUAAUCAGAACGACAGAAUAAGGACAUGGGGUUUAAAAAAUUAAAUAUUUUAUCCUCAAGGUUUCACCCAUACUGCAGCCAAUCAGCAGGGGGAGCCGGCUAUACUGGCUUCACUUUCAUGCAACCGUAGCUCUGUCCAUCUUAAUACACAGUCGGAGGUUUCACCAUAAGAAGCACGUUCAGCUUGAUGUUUAUUGAUGUGAUGUUUUCAAACAUAUUGAGACUGCUUAUCAAACUAUAUGUGUUUAGCCCCAGAGAAUGUUGAUUGUCUUCUAUUUUUGGGUUUCUUUUAUGUUAUCAAGUGCUUCUUUUUGCUCAGAAAUGACCCCAUAUCUUUGUUGUUGCAUUUUAUGUAGCUCUGUGCUAAAUAUCUGAAUCUGGAGCAAUGAGUCCCCUGCCUUUAUGUGGCCUUCAACCCGGAGCUCGGCAGGUUUCAGCAGCUCUCUGACAGAGAACAUGCUCUACUCUGACACAUUAGAGUCUGUUAUGUUGAAAGAGUGGUAUGUUAAAUCCACAUAAAUCCAGGUAAUCCAUGUUACUGUUUAAUAAUCCCCCUUUUCAACACACUUUUGUCGUAGGUCACGUAGUCAUAGACGCUCUCAGGUUAAUAGACAAUAAAUGGAACAAAGAUUAUAGCAAGCCCUGUUCACAUAUGCACAAAACUCCUAGAACCUUCCAAACUUUUGGGGUGAGCUCCAUGUGUGAGGACAAAUAGCUGAUUUUUCUCUCCUAUUUCUAGGAAUCUUUCCUGUCAGGAAUUUUCAGUGAGUCAGAGUGAGCUUAUGUGUGAACACAGUAGGACAUUUACAGGAUAGUCACUGCAGGCAAGCAGGUGAUGGGUUUAUUUUCUGCAACCAGUGCACAAAGACUAGCAAAAGACCAGUGCAAGGCUGUACACGUAAGGAAACCGCUUCAUUGUGAUACAUUGAUACAUGCAGCAAUCAUAUAAAGGCGAAUAUUGCUAUAGUGCCAUAUAGCAGGUUCUGCUGCCUUGUACAUCACUUCUGUAGACCCCUAUCCCCCUUCAACCCACUCCCCUCCAACAGGGAGAGGCUCCUGCAAUGAGGUGCAUCUAAGAACAACCAACUCAGGAAGAUUUCAAGAGCUGUCUCCCUGAAAUAUUCCAGAGAAUUUAAGGAGUGCAUUUGUGAGCACGGCUUCUUAUAUAAGUUCCAGUGUUGCCCCCUUGUGGCUGCUGUCACACCUCAGUCUGUCAUGCACACAGGGAAUUUUUUUCACAGCCAGAAAUCUACCACACUACUACCCUACAGCGGCAUGCCUGAAGGAUUCUGGGAUCGCUACACUACCGUACAAAACUGAGUACAGAAAUGUAACCAUGGGAGAAGUUGAGCUUAAUGUUUGUAUUUUCCAGCCUCAGUAGUCACCUUUUACUACCUCUUUCUCGCCUGUCCAGAGUGUUCUGCCAACAUCUCCCCUGAGGCCUUUUAGCUGACAGAGCUGUAAUCCGCUUCACUAAUGAACCGACUGACAUUUUGUGUGAUCUCAAAUAUCACAAUUAAACAAGCAAUACAAGGCCAUCAGGUUAAGCAAUGCUGGUUUUUUUCUGAAUUUUUUAGCUGAUAAUUUCUGGGUCUGCUUGUGGGAAAAUUCAGACCCAGCUUCUAUUCUUGGUGCAUUUUAGAAGCAGUUGGUAUUACUUAAAAAUACAUAGGUACCAGCAGCCAUAUUUAACAGAGCUGUGUAAUAAUAAAAGGCUGAUUAAAGCUUAAAGAGAAGGUUUGGUGCUUGCUAAGUCAGGGAGUUUAAGUUGACGCCCCUUAGUCCCUGAAAGCCUCGUCACAUUGAGCUUAAAGAUCUUGUACUAAUUGAACAGGUUUAAUGUGGUCAACAGUAUUUAUCAUCUUGACUAAUCAUUAUCACCAUUAUGUUUGUUGCUACUGUUGAUUCUGUGGAGCAGGUUUGUCUUGACGUGUUGUAUGUGUGAGUGCACCUUCAGAGUGGCUGUUAUAUGUAUGUAUGUAUGUGUAUAUAUGCGCAUAUUAAGACUUAUAAAAAGACAAAUCUGAGCACAAGUUUGGGUUUUGAUUAAUUUAAUUGUUUUAUGUAAUUCUAUGCUGCAAUCCAAAGAAUAAACAUGUAUUAUAAUACAUUUAUAAUUUUCAUUUUUUUAUCAUCUGAACAGUAAUCUGGUAAGAAAAAAAAAUAAAGAGGAAGAUUCAGAA